AUGUAUAUUCAAAAUUUUUCCACGCCUAGUAUGAGCUAUUUAUACAAUAAAGAUAAUCGGGAUAGUGAAUUUACUCAACAAUUUGUACGUUUAUGUAAAUUAUUACCUCAAAUGACAAAUGUCAAACCAACAUCAUCAUCAUCAUCAUCUCGUCGUCGUCGUCGUCUAUGCAAACAAUCGAAAUCCAUCGAAUUGAAUACAAAUUUACAUGUUGGUCUACAUGAUUCAUUAGUUCAUUUAAUUCAUAAUGAUGAUGAUAAUAAUGAUUAUGCCGACAUAACUAGUGCAACAACAUUUAAUGAAGCUAUUUUCAAAGCAUCUAUUGAAUGUUAA